AAUCCCCAACACGUCAUAUUCAUAUAAUAUUAUGGUUGCUAGGAAGUAAAACCAUUUUUCUACAACUUAUGGAACGAGUAGAAAGUGUUUUAACAGAUGAAGGAAGGAUAGAUGAAGAUAAGAUUAUCGUUCCUUGCUAUCGUAUUUAUUUCAAUAACUACUUAUGGUGUAGUAGAGGCAACAUGUGCCGCAAAUGAGUUUCAGUGUGAUGACGGAGCCUGUAUUCAAUCUGUAUACAGAUGUGACAAUAGCUUUGAAUGUUCUGACCGUUCCGACGAAUUAAAUUGUACAGUUGUACAACCCUGUGUGGAGGGAUUACAGCAAUGCAGUUCAGGGCAAUGUGUGGCUGACAUUAACGAUUGUCCUUUAGACACAUCGGAGAUACAGACAACCACAGCAGCGUCGACGUCGCAAGAACAACCAUCAGAUGACUCUUUUGCGACUUGGAAAGUUGUCAUUAUAAUCAUUAGUGUUGUUGUUGUAGUACUGCUGUGUAUUGCGGUGUUAGUAAUCAUACUAUACCACGUGUUAUAUAAAAGAAAGUUAAAAACAAAAGUUGCACAUAAGGCACCGGACAAUGAUUCAAAUGCUGACGAAACAAAACAUGCUGUACCAUAAGAUGUACUGACUUAAAAAUGAAAGACUUUUAUAAGUUAUUAUACUGUGUUUGCUAGUCUUAAAUUUACUUAAGUUUGUAACUAUGAAAUGUGUUAUCUCUGUGUUAUCAUUUUUCGUCAUUGGAUGACCGUCCGUUUUUUGCUGUGAUAUGUUUUUCGUUUUUUCAUAGAUGUUGUUGUUCUUAUUUAUCGCAUGUACGUACAUAUUGAAUGAAAGUCCAACGUUAUCGAUGAUAAGUUCGUCGACUGUAUCUCUCAGGAAAUAUUAUCUUCCCAAAUGAAAAAAAAAUAUAGAAAAAAAAUUAAAGCGCUUUCCCUUUAUUUAUAUGAUGAUAUUCAUUCUUGUAUUCAAAAGGAGUUUGUCUACUAUACACCAUUCUCAUAUAAGCUCAUACUUAUAAAUCAACUGUUUAUAACUUUGAAUUUUUCGAAAUACUAAGGACUUUCUACAACAGGAAUAGAUUACCUUAGCUGUAUUUUUCAAAACCUUUUGGAAUUUUGAAUCAUCAAUGCUCUUAAUUUUUGUAUUUUAUUUAACCAUUUUAAUUUUUUUUAUUCGAGCGUCACUGUUGAGUGUUUUGAAGCUUGGUGUCUAUGAUGAGUUUAUAUACUUUCUUUUCUAAUUAUUUCUUACUGAAAAGCCAGUACCUACUUACACGGUGCUACUACAACAAAUUGUCUUCAUAUGGCACAACAAAUUACAAUCCUUUAUAGUUUAUUCAAACUGAAACAUAUGCAUUUUAUAAUGUCAUAUGAAAAUAAAAUCGAUUUUAAUUAACCAAAAUAUACAUGUAUGUUUUGGUUAGAAAAAAGACUACUUGUGACCCUAGGUUCUUUAUUUGAGCAUCUUCCCAAUUUAUUGACUCAUUUAAUUAAAUUAUUGUCGUUAACAAUAACUCUUUGCAGUGAGUCUUCCGUGCACACUUAUUCUACACAUAAACAUAUACAUAGCCAGUGAUCUGGUACAUUUGCAGGUUUGUGUUUUAUAAAAGCUUAGUAAUACAAACUAUGCGACAAGUAAGCUCCGAUCUGCACCCUUAUCUAUACUCAUGUGAUUGGUAAAUAUUGUUCCGAGCAGAGAAUUGUAUUCCAUAUGUUUGAGAGUGUAAAUAAUAUUUUAUGUGAAAUAAUAUACAAUUAUUCGUGCAAUGGAAUUAACGGCAUUACUUUUAAAAAGACUAGUGUUAUUAUUUUCGUUAUAGUCUUCAUGUUCAGUUAAUAUGAUAUGCAUUAAAUACAUUGAGUUCA